UUUGAAGAUCUCUUGCGGGAAUCUCCCCUGCCCGUCCCGUGGUACAGCCUUUGGAAUUCCACCCGCUGGCUCUGGGUCCAUUCCACUCCUCCCAGCUUAUCCAACCUCCCCCCUUCCUCGAUAAUUCGCCUAUCACCACCGCCCCCCUCGGCACCACCACCAGCAGCAGCUCACCAGCGCAGCCGCUUUCCCUUGCUUUCCUGGAGCCAUAUCAUGGAAUAACGGUCUCGUCGGCCUCCGUCAAUCAGCUCGAACGCCCUUUCCUCUCUUCCGCCUCUUGCGUGGUUCGGAAUCUUGUGUCGAACAAACUAGCUGGUUCACAUAGUUGGUGCCCUCCCAGGUGGUCGGGUCCAACAUGUCUUCCAGGCGGGAUAGCAGAGACUACGAAGACGAUUCCUUCGACGAUGCGCCCGAAGCCCCGAGUUCGCAAAACAGCCUGAAUGUUUCCAUCCCCCAGAGCUCUUCUACACGGUCCUUGACAGACAGCCCCCCCAGCGGAUCGAAUGUGGCGACGCCUCAAUUGACGGAAGCUCCCCCGCUACCGGGAAUCUCUCCAGACGAAUACGAUACGGCCGGCGACACAGAUGAUGCCAGCGCGGGCAGACAAUCAGAAACGGAGGAUACCCCUCGCAAACAGAAGAAGUCCCCUCUCCUGACCGCGCACCGGCUAUCGACCACCUCCCUCGAUGAUGUCAAUCUCGCCAGCAGCAACAAGGAGGAUGGAUCGAUGGAAGACCAGCGUUUGAGCCAGGAGCUCAAAUCCGGUUCCUCCCCCCCUCUACCUUCUCGCGAUUCUAUGUCGUCUCACAGCUCGCGCGCUCAGAGCUUCCCUAGCAACUCCUCCAGUGCGCCUGCGAAUAAAAAUUCAGCCCCCGUUGCGCCUCCGCCUCCGCCAACUAGGUCCUUUACCAGCCCGUUCUCCUGGCUUUCUCGGAACUCCUCGAGUGGAAAGGACGUCAAAUCCCCUCCGGCACAGCCUCGCCGGAACACAGCUGCCUCUAUCUCUACAAUCUCGAGUAACCCGGACAGGCACCACGAUGGCGAGGACGCGGAUGGCCCGAGGAAGCCUAGACGCAGUAGUCUGAAGGACCAAUUCAAACAGCUGAGAAUGCGGGAGGAAGGACAUGCGGAGAAUGACGAAGGCAGUGUCGCGUCGGGACGUGCAAGUUUCAGUCAGCCCGCUGGAAGUCCUCCACCCAGUAUUCCGGAGGAGGGAGAGAAUGAUGCUGCAGCCGCCCCGCGGGCGACAUCACCUCCCAAUGGGGCCGUCAACCCCAACCUUGCCCCGGGAACUGUUGCGGGUUUCUCAACAUCUGCGACCGAUGCGUCUGCACCGGUAGACUGGGAGCUCUGGCAGCAACUAGUCAACAAUGGUACGCCGGCACUGAAGGGAGGGAGCUCGGAGACCUUGAAUGCAGCCAUCAAGCGAGGAAUCCCACAGACCAUCCGGGGAGUGAUAUGGCAGGUCCUAGCCGACAGCAGAAACCCCGAGCUUGAAGAGGUCUACCGCGAUCUCGUUGCUCGUGGCACGGACAAGGAAAGGCAGCGCACCCCCAAUGGUACGAUCAAUGGGGCCGCAGAGAAGGACUCGGUGGCCUCUUCGUCUCGCUCGUCUGUUCGUUCUGAACGCUCUCCUUCGUUGGCUCAUUCUAUGAAUGGCUCACCGAGUCCUUCUUAUGAGUUGGAUCCCGAAAAGCUGUCCAAGGAGCAGGCUGCGCACGAAGCAGCUCGCAAGAAGAAGGAGAAGGAAGAAGUGACCAAGCUAGAAAAAACCAUUCGUCGCGAUUUGGGCGCUCGCACGAGUUAUUCUCGCUAUUUCGUAUCGCAGGGGAACCAAGAAGGGUUGUUCGGCCUUUGCAAGGCGUACGCCCUGUACGAUGAGGCAGUGGGGUAUGCUCAGGGAAUGAAUUUCAUUGCUAUGCCGUUGCUGUUUAAUAUGGACGAGGCGGAAGCUUUCACGCUCCUCGUGAAGCUGAUGAACCAAUACGGGCUGCGGGAGCUUUUUAUUCACGACAUGCCGGGCCUCCAUCGCUGUCUGUACCUAUUCGAGCGCCUGCUGGAGGACUUCGAGCCGGCUCUCUAUUGUCAUCUCCGGCGACGCGGCGUGCCCCCGCAGCUCUACGCCACCCAGUGGUUCCUGACACUUUUUGCCUACCGAUUCCCCCUCCAACUCGUCCUCCGCGUCUACGAUCUCAUCUUCGAGGAAGGCCUUGAGAACACCCUCCUGAAAUUCGCGCUGGCCAUCAUGCACCGGAAUGCCGACGCGCUGCUGGAAAUGAAGGACAUGGCGCCUCUGACAACUUUCUUGAAGGAGCGCUUAUUCGACGUGUACAUUGAUAAACAACCCUCGGCGUCUUCAAUCCUCGAGUCUGGUUUCUUCGGAAGCUCGGGGUCCGCGGACAAGGAGAUCUACCGUGCCGACAUCAUGGUCCAGGAUGCCUGUGCUAUCCCCAUCGAGGCCGAAACGAUUGGCAUAUACACGGCAGAAUGGGAGGAGCAGGUGCGGGCCGAGCGGGAGCGCGAAGCCGAGCUCGAACACCUUAAACACACCGUGGCGGUCCAGAGUGCGCGGGUCCGGCUACUGGAGGAGCAAGCGGAGGCCUCUGACAAGGAACAUGUGCAGCUUGCAUCCGAGCUAGUUCACCUCAAGGUGGAGAACGAGGAACUAACGGACAUGAACGACGCGAUGAAAAUGCAGGUCAAGGAGCUGAAGAAGGUGGUAGACCAACAGCCCGCCGAAGUCGAAGAGAAGCUGCGGACUGAAAUGGAUCGCAUCAUGAAGCGCAACCUCGAGGUCCAGAACGAGAACCGAUCGAUGGUUGAGCAAAUGGCGGAGAUGGAGAAGGAGCUGGUGGAGGCCAAGAUGAAAUGGGCGGAGAUUCACGAUGACCACGAGAACCUGAAACAGAAAUGGAGCGAUCUCCGACGGGCUCUCGACUGAGCCGUGACAUGUAUGACCUGACUUUAGCGGGUGUUGCCUGGCUUCGCUGCUUUCCUCCUCCCUUCCUCCGUCGAUCUCCGUUGCCUGUACAUUUUCAGCGGCUGGCCAGAGGGGCAUUCUUGGGUAACUGUAUUUUCGAACCAAGGCACCAUGGGCGAGGACUAUGUUGUUAAUUGUAUCAUGUUCAUGUUUUCUCUUUUUUUUUUUCCCCGCUCGAGUCAUCGGCAGCGAACCGGACCCGCAUCUAGUGACGAUGAUCCAACAUACAGCCUUGCAUCGGGAAC